UCUUGAGUUCUGAAGAGCAAAGAGCUUCAAUGCCCGUAAAAAGCACGCAUGGAUUCUGAUUGCAUGCGCUCUCCACCGCCGGUUCGCGCCAUCGUCAUGCCCUCUUCUUCGUCCGCCUCCGCCGUCGCCGUCUUCUUCUUCUUCUUCUUCACUCUCUCUCUCUCCGACCCUCGCAUCUUCGAGGCCGGCCUCUCCUGCGGCAACUCCUCCGCCUCCCGCCCUGUCCCCAACUUCGUCCCUUCCUUCGUCAAGGAAAUGGAGUCGGUCGCCCAGCUCAUGACCACCCGCCACUUCGCCACCCGCGUCACCAACUCCUCCUCCGGCGUCGCCAUCUACGGCCUCUCCCAGUGCUACCGCGACCUCUCCCAGACCGACUGCCUCCUCUGCUUCGCCGCCAGCCGCACCAAGCUCCCCCGCUGCCUCCCCUCCCCCGCCGCCCGCAUCUACUUCGACGGCUGCUUCCUCCGCUACGACCGCUACGACUUCUUCGCCGAGGCCGUCGACCCCGGCUACGACUCCGCGAACUGCAGCUCCGACCGUGGCCUCAUCGACGGGCCCGCGAGGGAGGGCUUCGCGGCCACCGUCGGGUUGGCCGUCGGCAACGCAACUCGGGCUGCGGGCGGAGGCGGCAGAGGGUUCGGAGUGGCGGAGGCGGGAGGGGUGUACGCGAUGGCGCAGUGCUGGGAUAGCAUCAGCAGCGAGGGCUGCGGAGUUUGCUUGGAGAAGGCGAAAACGGCGGUCCAGAGGUGCGCACCCAGCAGAGACGGGAGGGGAUUGAACGCGGGGUGUUAUUUGAGGUAUUCGACGGUGAAGUUCUACAGUGAACAAGGAGCGAGCGAAGCUGAUCAAGGGUCGUCUUCAACCGGGAUCGUGGUGGUAGUUGUCUUAGCGGCAGCAGCUUGCAUAAUGCUCUCUGUCUUCGCCGCUUACGCAGGCUAUGCUAGGGUGUUGAAACUAAAAGGAGAUAACGUCUAUCUCCGUCAUGUUUUGAUCGGCGCCGACAAAUCGAGUCUGAAUUUCAAGUACGAGAUGCUCGAGAAGGCGACGAAUUACUUCCACCCAUCGAAGAAACUUGGGCAAGGAGGUGCUGGUUCUGUGUACAAGGGGACUCUCCCCAGCGGCAAAGUGGUGGCCGUCAAGAGACUGAUUUUCAAUACCAGGCAAUGGGUCGACGAGUUCUUCAACGAGGUGAAUCUGAUCAGCGGCAUCGAGCACAAGAACCUCGUGAAGCUCCUGGGCUGUAGCAUCGAAGGUCCCGAGAGCCUCCUCGUCUACGAGUACAUUCCAAACAAGAGCCUCGAUGACUACACAUCCGACAAGAACAAAAUACAGAUUCUAAACUGGAAGCAGAGGAUGAAUAUCAUCGCCGGCACUGCCGAAGGGAUUGCUUAUCUACAUGGAGGGUGUAAAGGAAGGAUCAUCCACAGGGAUAUCAAAGGCAGCAACAUACUUUUGGAUGAGAACCUCACUCCAAAGAUUGCCGACUUUGGCCUCGCUCGGUGUUUCGGACCCGACAAGACUCAUCUUAGCACUGGAAUAGCAGGGACACUCGGAUACAUGGCUCCCGAAUAUCUUGUCAGGGGACAACUCACGGAGAAAGCCGAUGUUUAUAGCUUCGGAGUGCUAGUCCUCGAAAUCAUUUGUGGCAGGAGAAGCAGUUCAUUCAGGGAGGAGCCCAUGUCUCUAUUACAGAUGGUGUGGAAUCUUUACAAGUCGGACAACUUGGUUGAAGCUGUCGACCCCUGCUUGAAAGGCGAUUUUCCUGCACAAGAGGCCUCCAAUGCCCUUCAGAUAGGACUUCUUUGCACACAAGCUUCAGCUGCUGCUAGACCCUUUAUGGCCGAGGUGGUGCAGAUGCUGGCUUGCGAGAAUCUUGCGGUCCCCGAGCCGACUCAACCCCCAUUUUUAAAUGCCAAUGCGUCAGGACCAGCCGGCUCCAAUAGGUCCUCCAGCAUGAGCAGUUUCAUGUCGAACGCAGUGAGAAAAAUCAACGCUUCGUACACAUCGUCGGAAUGCUCGAGCAUGCCGAGCCCCGACAAGCGGUCGAGAUAAGCCAUGAGUUACUGGAGAAGUGAGCUCUUUGUUAAUUACACAACAUCUCCCAGAGCCAACACAAGCAUCUGUGGAAGCUGGCGAAUUUCGCUGGCAGUGCUGUCCUUGGCUGCUUUACAUGGUAAACGAGCAAAAGCAUCUGGACUAAAAGGCCGUGAGCUCGAGCGAAAUUCGACUCGAGUCAAUGGAACUCUGCGAGAACGGUCGACUCCAUCCUUGUCGGUGUAAUUACUUACACAACCGAACGAACUGAAAUUUUCCACGACCAGCAUAUGUUUCUUAAGAUUUCACCUGUUGAACAAUGUAGAUGAAACCACUGAACAGGUGGGGGUGACAACGUGACAUCUUCCUCAGCCACCAUGUCCAAACUCCUGUGUCAACUUU